AACCCUUAAGUGAUACAAAACAUAAUAUGCGUGCGAAUUAUGGUAGGCACUUCGUAACGCGUCUCUUGCGUUGAGUUCAGUUUAGCAAGCGACCGCGGCAGGCGAACAUGCCUUGUAACAAAUUCGCGUCUUUUUUCAUCAUCGUAAUAUCACUAUUUCUUCACGAUGUUUGUGGUCAACGCAAGCCAAUCAAAGAUGCUCUAUACCUCAACAACGACAUCUACGCAAACGCCUCGUUCGAGGACUGCGUGUGGCGACGAGACCGCGAGCCCUGCCCUGAUCCCAACGUCAUUAUCAACUUGUAUACAGAGUCGGAGCCUUUCAAAAAAACUGUAGACCUAUUCAGCGAAGACUGGCUGAGACAAAGCGGUUGGGAGCCUUCGCACGAGACCAUCCUGUUAAUACACGGCUAUGCGGGGGGAGACGAUACCUUGCCUAUUGUCGUACUCAGAGAUGCGUAUUUGCGUCGCGGCGGCUACAACGUGCUGAUGGUGGACUGGGGCGCGCUGUGCCAGCCGCCGUGCUACGUGGCGGCGGUGCACAACCUGCGGCCCGCGGCGCGCUGCGUGGCGCAGGCGCUGGGCGCGCUCCGCCAGGCCGGCCUGCGCCCCGACAGGCUCACGUGCGUCGGGCACUCGCUCGGCGCCCACAUGUGCGGCAUACUCGCCAACUACCUCACAUUCAGGCUUAACAGGAUUAUUGACGAGGCGCUGUGCAGCCACGUGUGGUCGAUCUGCUACCAGGCGGAGAGCCUGUUCCGCGUGCGGCAAGCGGCGCCGUGCGGCCGGCGCUGCUCCGUGCGCGUGCCGCCCGCGCGCGCCGCCGCGCUGCCCGUGCCGCUCGGCCAGCCCGCGCCCAUGACAGCGUCCGGUGCGUACUGCGUGGAGGACUUCACGGCACCAUUCUGUCCAGCGACGUCCGGCUUGAAGGAGGGCGACUUACGCUGCUGCCUCGACAAGCAGUACGCGGCCGCCGCCUCUGCCCCCGCGCCGCACCGCCCGCGCCCCCGCCCCCUCGUGCGCCUGCGCGCGCAACGACUCAAACCCGACCCCAUAGACUACACUUACCCUGAUAACGUCACAGACUAUACCACAGAAUGAGUAUAGCUAUACAAACUUUACAGUAGCUCGAAUUUUAAGCAAUAGCAUAAUGGUUGAAGAUGAUUGCCUAAUUGAUUUAAAUAUUAAAUAUAUUUUACGAUUAUUUAAAACUGUUGCUCGCGACUGUGUCUACGUGAAAUUAGAAUAUAGAGCCAUGUAUAACUGAUAAUGAUGACUUUUUAAUGGUGCAAAAGAUUUUGAAAUCGGCCCAGUAGUUUUUGAAUUAUUUCAAUACAUACAAAAAUAAAAAUCUUAUAUCUUCAUUGCACUAGUACAGGCUAGAAUAAAUGAAUUCAAAAGCGUAGUUUACUCAAUGGAUAGUAAGUCCAUCUGGCGAUAUUCGCUGCGAACUCCGAGCCGCAAUAAACUUUGAAUCUCAUAAUACUUGUUGCAAACUUAAAGAAUGCAAUAUCGCUUAAUGGUUUAAGUAAAUUAAGUUAUGAGAAUCAAUGUAAGAUAUUGUGCGUUUUCACUGCCGAAAUACUUGUAGAGAAAAUUAUUAUUUUAGUUUUUCAAAGUUAUGUAACAGACGACUAGUUCAGGCGGUACAAAUUAUAACCAUGUAAGACAUUGACUGAUAAUUAUUUUUCUUUUGUAAGUUAAUUUAAUAUUUUUUAGUUCUAAUAGUUUUUUAAUACUUUUACCGCCCUUAGGGUUCUUAUCUUUAAGAAACUUAAAAUGGUAAAUUAACGAUAUAAAACCAAAGAAUUUGGAUAAUUUUUAAUAAAUAAAAUACAACUGGA